AUGUUGACUGCACAGUUUUUGUUCGCCUUAUCUUCAUCAAUUGCAAUCUUGCUGGAUUUCCUCAUUGAUUCUGUGCGCCCGUCAUCUUUACUCUCACUUGCAACGGCCUCUAUCGCUUUUGACGGAUCUCAAGAAGACGUCAAGAAAGUUGGAGCUUCUCAAAUGUAUGAUAGCAGUGCGAUCACGUGCCAUUUCACUUUAUCACAUCUGUUUCUGGUUCAGCAUGGGAGGCCAAUAACGGCUCCAAAGCUUGUGUAUGAAUACAGACUGGCUGGGUCGUUCAUUGUUUUUCGUUGUGACAGAUGA